AUGACUAAAAAAGAGCAAAGGAGAUUGGAAAAGGAGGCUUUGUUAGAAAAGAAAAAGCAGCUUCUGGAGAUUGCGAGACGACGAAUGAUAUUGUCCAAUGACGAGGUGCCUCUAUAUGAUAAAACGAGGACUGAAAGUGACGAAGCAGAAAACUUGAUCAAUGACCGAAAGGAAAACCCGAUGCAAUUUGAUAAUGCUUCUCAUGAUGAAACUAGGGACGGUUAUGAUAACGAUUGGGAGACCGAACAGCUCAUUGACCAAAAGAUCAAAAACAAAGUUGAGAUACCGUUGGACACGUGUAUGUUUUGUAGCCGCGUGUCUUCCGACCUAGAUGGAAACAUAGAUCACAUGUUCAAAAAUCAUGGAUUGUUUAUUCCAGAAUCAAAGUACUUGGUUGACAAAGCUGGAUUAAUACUGUAUCUAUCUGAGAAAGUUGGACUGGGUAAUAUGUGUCUAUCUUGCAAUUUCCAGGGUCGAAACAUCGAGAGUGUGAGACAACAUAUGCGUGCAAAAGGGCAUUGCAAAAUUCCUUAUGAAACUUUAAAUGAAAAGCUGGAAAUCUCCGAAUUUUAUAAUUUCGAGUCCAGUUAUUCAGGGAACACGGAGGCUGAUAUUACGGGUAAUGAUGAAGAAUGGGAAGAUUUAUCAGACAAUGGAGCUGAUGAAGGUUCAGAGGAUGAAAUUUCCACGGAUGAUCUAUACACUAACGGAUACGAGCUUUACCUUCCGAACGGUCAAGUGGCUGGUCAUAGAUCUUUAUUGAGAUACUACAAGCAAAAUUUGAAGCCCGACAGGGAACUUACAGAAGGCCAGGGAACGUUAGUCGCGGCAGAAACCAGACAUUUUGUCCAAUCUAUAGAUCGCAAGGAGCUUCAGGCCAAGAAGAGAGUUUGGGCUAGACAAGAAAAACUUAAGGAUGUUAAUGAUAGGAGAUCAGCAAAGUUCAUCAAUCAUCAAGCACAUUAUAGGGAUCAAUUAUUACAAUGA